AUGCUUAAAAGAACUAUACAAAGAGCACAACAUAAUGCAAUAUUUGUUAGACAUAUAAUGGCUUCAAUUAAUGAACCUAGUGAAAUUAAAGCAACUCAUGUUGGAAAGCUUUAUACAGUACCUAAUGAUGUAGUACUUAAACUGGAUUUUAAUAAAGUUCUUCCUUCAAAAUUUAGUAGUCAAAUUGAUACACUUUCAGAAUGUUCUUGGUUAAUUAGACAACCAUUUGUUGAAAUAUUAAAUGAAUUUUCUAAUAUAACAAAAGAAACUCCAGUUUCUAGAUUUGUAUUAUAUGGAAGAUUUGGUACUGGAAAAAGUAUUACACUUUAUCAAUUGAUACAUUAUGCACAUUCUCAAAAAUGGGUUAUUAUGAAUAUUAAAAGUGUUUUAGAUAUAACUAGAAGAGUAACAGAAACACAAGAAAACAAACAUAAUGAGGGAAAAUUAGAUACUCCAAAUCAUGCAGUUAAUGCACUUACAUUAUUUAAAGUUCAAAAUCAACAUAUAUGGGACAAGCUUGGUGAAAUUAAAACAACUAAAGAUUAUAUAUGGACAAAAAAUGAUAAGACAUCUGCUGGUAAACCUUUAACAGAUAUUGUUGAAAUGGGUUUGUCAUCACCUAUAGUCUCAACUGAUUGCUUUGGAGCUUUGAUUGAUGAAUUAAAAUAUUGUUCAACAAAUGGAGAUAUCAAAAUAUUAGUAGCCAUUGAUGAUGCCAAUUCUCUUUAUGGAAAAACAAAUUUUAAAAAACUUGACGGUAGUUAUGCUUUACCUAAUGAUCUAAGUAUGGUAUGUCAUUUAAAAAAGUUUUUUGAUAAAGAUUGGAAAAAUGGAGCUUUAGUAAUGGUUGCCGAUGAAAAAGAAUUUAAAGAUGCUAGAGAUAUUUUAACAGUUCCCUUAGUUACACCUUUAGAAUUAUUUGGAGAAGCUGGUUAUGAUGACAUAUACCCAUUUAUAGGUAUACAAACAAAAAAUUAUAAUGAAAAAGAAAUUGAUGCAAUUUAUAAUUAUUAUAAAUCAAAAAAUUGGCUUGCAACACCAGCAGCAAACACAGAAAAAGGAAAAACACAAUUAACUUAUAUAUCAGCAUUCAACCCAUACUAUUUUGAAAGACUAUGUGCUUUUGUUUAA